GUGUUGCUGUUUCCGGUGCGAAGGUUGUAGGUUUUCUGCUCCAGUUCACUCCGAUUAUCCUGUUGAUGUCGAGGGAUUUUAUCUGACUGUAUUUUGGCACAGACGGGGAUGAAGUAGAGCAGGACGAACUGAAAAAGGAGCUGUACUAUCUGGAGAUGCAGCGGGCAGAGGAGAAGCUGGAGCAUGAGGAGAACGGAGGGAAUGAGGGACCUGGGCAGAGGCUGAAGGUGUGUGUGGCCACCUGUAACCGAGCAGAUUAUUCCAAACUUGCUCCCAUCAUGUUCGGCCUCAAAGCUCACCCCGACCUGUUCGAGCUCGACGUCGUCGUCCUGGGCUCACACCUCAUCGAUGAUUACGGUAAUACAUAUCGUAUGAUUGAGCAGGAUGAGUUCAACAUCAGCUCCAGCCUCCACACUAUUGUGCGUGGUGAGGAUGAAGCAGCCAUGGUGGAAUCUCUCGGCUUGGCGCUCGUCAAACUCCCCGACGUCCUUCACCGCCUGGCGCCUCACGUGCUGAUCGUCCAUGGCGACCGCUUCGACGCGCUCGCCGUAGCGACGGCAGCCGCGCUGAUGAACGUCCGCAUCCUGCACGUGGAGGGCGGAGAAGUGAGCGGCACCAUCGACGACUCGAUCCGCCACGCCAUCACCAAGCUGGCGCACUACCACGCUGUGUGCACGCGCGCCGCCCAGACGCACCUGCUCGCCAUGUGCGAGAACCACAGCCGCAUCCUUCUGGCCGGCUGCCCGUCAUAUGAUCGUCUGCUCAACGCGCGGCACCGUGACGACUACGAAGAUAUCAUCAAAUCCUGGCUCGGUGACUGCGUGAAGGAGUCCGACUACAUCGUGGCGCUGCAGCAUCCUGUAACUACAGACAUUAAAAACUCCAUAAAGAUCUACGAGCUCAUGCUGGAUGCUCUCAUCUCUUUCAACAAGAAAACGCUCGUUCUGUUCCCCAACGUCGACGCCGGCAGUAAGGAAAUGGUGCGUGUGUUGAGGAAGAAGGGAAUUGAGCAACACCCAAACUUCCGUGCCGUUAAACACGUUCCCUUUAACCAGUUUAUCCAACUGGUGGCUCAUGCAGGCUGCAUGGUGGGGAACAGCAGCUGCGGAGUUCGCGAGGCCGGAGCCUUCGGGACGCCCGUCAUCAACCUGGGCACGCGCCAAACCGGCCGAGAAACAGGUGAGAACGUUCUUCACGUGCGUGACGCUGAUACACAGAAUAAGAUCUACCACGCCCUGGAGCUGCAGUUCGGGAAGCGAUACCCCUGCUCCAAGAUCUACGGAGAUGGGAAUGCCGUGCCACGGAUCCUGAAGUUCUUGCAGUCCAUCGAUCUGUCGGUACCGGUCCAGAAGACCUUCAGUUUCCCGCCGGUGCGUGAGGACAGCAUGUCCCAGGACAUCGACCACAUCCUGGAGACGCAGAGCGCGCUGGGCAUUGACCUCGGGGGCACCAACCUGCGUGUGGGCAUCGUCACCAUGACGGGGAAGAUCAUUAAGAUGUACGCCCAGCCCAACCCGAAGACCUACGAGGAGAGGAUGGAGCUCAUACUGAGCAUGUGCAAACAGGCCAUGGCCGAUGCCAUCCCCCUCAACUGCAGAAUCCUGGGAGUGGGGGUGAGCACGGGGGGCAGGGUGAACCCCCAGGAUGGCAUGGUAUUGGACUCCACUCAGCUGAUAAACGAGUGGAGUUGCAUUGACCUGCGCUCGCCGGUGUCUCACUCGCUCCACCUGCCGGUGUGGGUGGACAACGACGGGAACUGCGCUGCACUCGCUGAGAGGAAGUUUGGCCACGGGAAGGGUGUGGAAAACUUCGUCACCAUCAUCACAGGGACAGGAAUUGGAGGCGGGAUCAUCCAGCACGGGGAGUUAAUCCAUGGUAGUACGUUCUGCGCUGCUGAGCUCGGGCACAUCAUGGUGUCUCUGGAUGGACCGGAGUGUUCCUGUGGGAAUCACGGCUGCGUCGAGGCCUACGCGUCCGGGUUAGCGCUGCAGCAAGAGGCGAAGAGGCUGCACGAUGAGGAUAUGCUGCUGGUGGAGGGAAUGAGUUUGAACAACAAGGAACAAGUGAACGCAUCGCAUCUCAUCCAGGCUACUCGCCUCGGAAACAGUAAAGCAGAGGGAGUGCUCCGGACAGCGAGUACAGCUCUCGGUGUUGCGGUCGUGAACAUCCUGCACACAGUAAACCCGUCUCUGGUGGUUCUGUCUGGUGUUCUGUCUCAGUACUACAAGAGUCCUGUCACAAACUUCAUCAAGCAGCGCGCCCUCUCCUCCACCAGGGAAGUGAAGGUCAUGGUCUCUGACCUUGACAGCCCCGCCCUGCUGGGUGCCGCCAGCAUGGUCCUAGACUACACCACACGCCGCACCUACUGAGAUGCCACGUACCAACACCAAGGGCCAAUCAGACUCAGUAUUUCGUGAAACUUGUGUAUUUGGGAUCAAACCAUUGAGAAGCAGUUGGAAUAGCUGCUCUGGGACUCUGGGCCAAGUCAGGCUGUAAGCCUUGGAGUGUCUCUUCUGAUUGGCUGUGAGCCUUGUAACUUUUCGAUGAGCCUCUGAUGUGUUUUGAGACUUGGCACAAAACCGGUCACAUGUGACACCCUGGAGCCCAUCAGACGCCGCCUACUGAGACAAAAGACCAAUCAGAAUCCUCGCACUUUUUUAAAUUACUUUCUCUGUUGGUGGUUUUUGUUUUAUUUACUUUUUGUAAUCAUUUGUGCUUGGCUCUGACCCCCCGGCCUUCUCUUGUUGGUGCCUUAACAGUGUUUGCGAUCAAAGAGGAAGGGAACUUUCAUGCUUAGGAAUGUUUCAAGCAGAACAGCUAUGGUGAUCAGUUAGCAUGUGCUAACCGACGCUAGCUUUCAAAAGUUUGUAACAAAUCUAAACGAUGGACGCUUUCUUGUCUCUCGGUUAUGUUUUCCUGGUCUGAUUGACGUUUGUUUCUCAUCACACGACUCAUUCAAAGCUCUGACGAACAGCUUUACAGUAUGUUGAAGAAAGAUGAUGUUACUUCAUCAGUGGGAAUCCUGAGGCUGUGUUCCAGUUCCGUUUCAAACUUUCCCUUGGUUGAGUCCAUUUAGCUGUAUUAAUGUUCUGUUUUUUUAUUACUCGAAGGGAAUGUAAUAAGCGUGUGUAUGAAAAACAGAACUGAAACUCGGCUGCGACUUACUGACGUGCACCAGUGACUUUGGCGGCGAGGGGGUGGCGCUCCCCUUAAAUUCCCAGCUCUUAGUGUUUUGCUUUGCAUCGCAUCAUGACACUGUGCAGUAUUUAGCUUAAUGUACGCUAGCUUUCAGGCAAAUGUCACUGUUGAUUUAUGUAAAACUCAGUAUUUUAUGCUAAUAGCUAUUGAGUUGACGACAUGUUUUUCUGUUGGCUGAUUUUUAGACUGAAAUUGAGCCCGGCCUGUGUUUGCUCAGCUACGCCCAUUAGUCCAUGAGCAUAUAAGUGGUUAAUCCAAUCAGAGGCAAAUUGUUUGUUGUCAGACCGUUGCAUUAAACAGGUUUCCACCAUCA